CUACUUUCAAAAAAGCCUUUCUGUUUUAAUUACAUCGCUGGGGGAUUUUGGAGAAUAUAUUUUUCUACCUACUGGUAGACUGAUCAGAAGAUACACUUAUAGCACCAUAAGCGGAAAUCUUCUCUUCAGUCAGCAGUGACUUUUACAGGAAUCCGAUCUGAGUUCAUGGGAUGCUGCUGCCACUGGCGUCACUGGCGUCGGUUUUUCUCCCCUCUAACUGAUGAAGGGCCGCCGGCUGGCGCCCGACCAUGACUGCGCUCGGCACUUCGUUGGGAAACGGCUCGAUCAUUAGACCAGUGGGCUUUUAUAUUGUGGGAUUUCGAGCACUGCCUUUGGUCGAAUUGUAUUUAAUCUUCUUAGCAGCAGUGUACGCUGCUACCGUUCUGUGUAACACGUUUGUCAUCGCCGUUGUCUGUUUCGAGCACCGCCUGCAUACACCCAAGUACAUUGCGGUCGCUAACCUGGCUGUCGUUGAUUUGGCUCUCAGUACCAGUUUAAUACCUGGGAUGCUGAAGACAUUUCUCGUGAAGGAUAAUUUCAUUACUUUCAAUAUUUGUUUGACGCAGAUGUUUUUCUGCUACGCCUUUUUAACUAUGGAGUCCCUUUCCAUAACGGUACUCGCUUAUGACCGAUUAAUCGCGAUUUGUUUCCCUCUCCAUCAGCACUCCAUCAAUACGAUCACCAGAAUGAUCAGCAUUAUAAUGAUAAUGUGGGCUGUUGACGUGGGCACCCAUGCCUUCUCGAUUUCAACGAUGACUAGUCUUUCCUUCUGUAAAUCAACAGACGUGUACAGCUAUUUCUGUGAUUUCGCACCUGUAUUCAGACUCGCUUGUAACGAUUAUUCAUUGCAGUGGACCUGUGCUACCACAUUGAGCUUAGUAAACUUGUUUGGACCCCUGAGUUUUAUUACACUUACGUAUAUAUGUAUCUUGAUAUCGGUGUUCAGAAUGCAAAGCAUAGAGAGCAGGUUCAAAGCGCUCUCCACCUGUGUUGAACACCUAUUUUUAGUUGCCAUUUUCUAUGUUCCCUUUUUAACACUAUUUAUCAUAGGGCUGUUUUUGUUUGGUGUAAACCCAGAUAUGAGAAUGCUGACCUUGUCACUGGCUUCCUGCUUGCCACCUCUGUUGAAUCCUGUAGUGUACUCACUGAAAACUAAAGAGAUUAGGGCCAGAGCCUUUGUCAUCCUCCAAAAAAUUAAAGUUAGGUCGGCAGUCUGAACCAGAGAGAGAGAGGGGGAGAGAGAGAGGGAGGGAGGGAGAGAGAGAGAUGAAAAGGCUUGGUCAAGGUAGAGCCAGUCAGUGCUAUAAAGAUGACCUUGUUCCAGGUUUUUAAAUUCUUACUGGUUUUAAUAAUUCAAGUCUAGGUCGCAGUAAAUCCCACCUAAAUGACUGAUUUAAAGCACGUCACCAAUGCAGAGUAAACAUUAUUUUUCAGCAUUUAUGUCACUGUUACCCAAAACUGUCUCCCCAUAUUAAUUAAACUCUAAGUGUGCCCUAUUCUGUGUUUUAAACCUACAAAGGCUGUUUCCGACAUGGAUGAAUUCACUUUUAAUGUAUUUGCCUGAAGUUUGGUAUUCGUAUGCAACUUUUCAUAUUUUCUUUGUUUUCUAUGCAUCUAAUUAUUCUCAGCUUUUGUGCAUCAUAUUACUUUCAGUUAAUGACUCCUGCGUCAUAUGUGUAGACAAUGUAAUAGAAUGUGAUUUAUAAAUUGCAACGUUACAUAUUCUGCAAGGGGCACCAUGGGGAGGGGGGUCAUGGUGAUUUCGGUCACUGAGGGCUCUUGGAAUCAUCCUGAGUAACCCCCCCACCGGAAGACCUCAACCAGAAUCUCCCAUCUUCCCUGAAGUGUAGAAAACCCUGUUUGGGAAGCAUGAACUAAACACUUUUUGUGAAGUGGCCAUGAUUUCUUGUUUCUAUGAAGUGUGUCUCUGCUAUAGUUAAAUCUGUAUGUUAUAUCACUUUCUGAAACAUGCGCUAUGCGCUGAACAAUUGUU